AGAGCGAGAGAGAAAGAGAAAGGGUGAAGGAUAUAGAAAGGAGCGACGAACAAGGCGCGGAGAGGCCGUCCGAAAACAGGCACAGCACAGACAGAAAAAGAGGAGAGAGAGAUAUUCAUUUUUUCUUGCCUUUGUUUCUCAACCAAAGUCCGCGAUUCCGCGUUUUUCGUUUCUCAAACCCAAAAACCAAAAAAAAAACGAAAAAACAAAAAAAUCCCGAAAAAGAAUUGAACGAAAUCCCGAAAAAAAAAAAAUCCAUUGCAGAACAGAAAGAAACGCGCAAGAAACCAAGAAGAGCAGCGAACACAGGAUCAUCAAGCUCAGAACCGAAAUAACACGAAAUCAAAUUCAAGUUUCCGGAUCUUGCUGCUCCGAUUCCUGACCCGACUUCGAUCGCUCCAUUUGAAUACAUUUAUUAUUAGCUUCCUAAUUAUUUCAUUUUCCGGGAAAAUAUUUUCCUGGAAUUUGGGGUUGGAUUAUUUGGUGUUUUUGUGGAGGGAGGAAUUAUAGUGGGACCGGGAGGUUUUUGGCUGGAUCAGAUCCUUCUAGAGGAGCUUGGAUCUGGUGCGGCGGAUGAGAGAGGAGGUGCAUGUUUCAGGGAUCGAAAGGGAAAACAAUGAAAUGGGGAACAUUGCUUAAGGACUUAAGAGAGAAGGUCGGUCUCACUCAAUCGCCGUCGUCUUCUUUUUCUGCUUCUGCCACUGCUUCUUCUUCUUCUUCGUCGUCGGCGGCGGCUCUCUCUUCAAAUAACAAUGCUAAUUCAGCUCUUCACGGCUCGUAUUCUCCUUCAAGAGACAAACAUGAAUUGGAAUUGGACUUCAAGAGAUUUUGGGAAGAGUUCCGGUCAUCCAGCUCUGAAAAGGAGAAAGAAGCGGCCUUGAAUUUAACUGUAGAUGUUUUUUGUAGAUUAGUAAAGCAGCAUGCAAAUGUAACUCAAUUAGUUACCAUGUUAGUUGAAACACAUAUAUUCUCAUUUGUCCUUGGAAGAGCAUUUGUAACAGAUAUUGAGAAGCUAAAAAUUAGCAGCAGAACAAGAUAUUUGGAUGUAGAAAAAGUACUGAAGUUUUUUUCAGAAGUCACAAAGGAUGACAUCAGUCCUGGUUCAAAUUUGUUAACUGCUUUACAAGUCCUUGCUUCUGGGCCUAUUGAUAAGCAAUCUCUCCUGGAUUCGGGGAUAUUGUGCUGUCUCAUUCAUAUUCUCAAUGCCCUUCUGAAUCCUGAUAAAGCCAAUCAAAAUCAAAAGGCUACUGAUCGUGAAGAACCAACUUUAGCUGAGAAAAAAUAUGAUUGUGAUGCCAGUCAAGUCCGUCGGCUUGAGGUAGAGGGGAGUGUUGUGCAUAUUAUGAAAGCACUGGCAAACCAUCCUUUGGCUGCACAAAGUUUGAUUGAGGACGAUUCACUUCAGUUGCUCUUUCAGAUGGUUACGAAUGGCUCUUUGACAGUCUUCUCUCGAUAUAAGGAGGGCCUGGUUCUGGUGCACAUCAUACAGCUUCAUAGACAUGCUAUGCAGAUUCUUGGUCUUCUUUUGGUCAAUGACAAUGGGAGCACAGCAAAAUAUAUUCGCAAACAUCAUCUGAUAAAAGUUCUUUUAAUGGCCGUUAAAGAUUUCAAUCCUGAUUGUGGUGAUUCUACAUACACUAUGGGCAUUGUGGAUUUGUUGCUUGAAUGUGUGGAAUUGUCAUAUAGGCCUGAGGCUGGUGGUGUCAGGCUUAGGGAGGAUAUACAUAAUGCCCAUGGUUAUCAGUUCCUUGUUCAGUUUGCUUUAAAACUUUCCUCGAUUGCUAAGAGUCAGGGGUUCCAUUCUGUUCAAUUUAGAUCUUCAGACCAAAAUUCUGCUUCAGCCGGUUCCCAUGCACUGGAUGCUGUAGACAUGCAGGAUGCCAUGGGAGAAAAGGACCCCUUAACCCAACAACUUUCUCCCACUUUGUCUCGAUUGCUUGAUGUUCUUGUUAAUCUAGCGCAAACUGGCCCAACUGAAUCUCCAGGAUAUUCUGGCAAAGGUUCGAAAUCUUCUCAUACCAGGUCUGGUGGCCAUAGCAGAAGUCGUACACCAUCUUCAGACAGAUUGGCUGAUGAAGUUUGGGAAAAGGACAAUCAUAAAGUUAAAGACCUUGAAGCAGUUCAGAUGUUGCAGGACAUUUUCCUCAAAGCAGAUAACAGGGAGUUGCAAGCAGAAGUUCUAAAUAGAAUGUUCAAAAUAUUUUCAAGUCAUCUUGAAAACUACAAGUUGUGCCAGCAGUUACGGACUGUUCCACUUUUCAUCCUAAAUAUGGCCGGUUUUCCUCCAUCUUUGCAAGACAUACUUUUAAAAAUUCUCGAGUAUGCUGUGACUGUUGUGAAUUGCGUUCCGGAGCAAGAAUUACUUUCACUUUGUUGCUUGUUGCAGCAACCAAUAUCAUCAGAAUUAAAGCACACCAUACUUUCUUUCUUUGUUAAACUUUUAUCCUUUGACCAGCAGUACAAAAAGGUCCUCCGAGAAGUUGGUGUCCUGGAAGUUUUGUUGGAUGAGCUGAAGCAGCACAAGUUACUUUUGGGUUCAGACCAUCAAAGUGGAAAUUCUAAUCAGUUGGAGAGAAAGUCCAGCUCAAGCAGCUUUAAAAAGCACUUGGACAAUAAGGAUGUCAUUAUUUCAUCACCCAGACUUAUGGAAUCUGGUUCAGGGAAGCUUCCUAUAUUUGAAGUUGAUGGUACAGUUGCUAUUGCGUGGGAUUGUAUGGUCUCAUUACUAAAGAAAGCGGAAACUAAUCAAUCGUCUUUCCGUUUGGCUAAUGGUGUAACUGCGGUUCUCCCUUUUCUUGUGUCUGAUAUACACCGUUCAGGGGUGCUUAGGGUGCUGUCAUGUUUGAUCAUUGAAGAUGGUACCCAGGCACAUCCUGAAGAAUUAGGUGUGAUUGUUGAAAUUCUAAAAAGUGAAAUGGUUACCAGCGUUUCGGGAUCUCAAUACAGGCUUCAAAGUGAUGCAAAAUGUGACACUAUGGGGGCUUUGUGGCGUAUUCUGGGAGUUAAUAAUUCAGCUCAGAGAGUGUUUGGUGAAGCCACUGGGUUUUCUCUUCUGCUUACCACACUCCAUAGUUUCCAAAGUGAUGGAGAGCAUUCAGAUCAGUCUUCUUUAGUGGUCUACAUUAAGGUGUUUACGUAUUUGUUGCGUGUUGUGACUGCUGGAGUGUGUGAUAAUGCUGUUAAUAGGACAAAGUUGCACACAAUUAUAUCAUCCCAAACUUUCUAUGAUCUUCUAUUGGAGUCUGGCUUACUUAGUGUGGACUGUGAAAAGCAAGUCAUACAAUUGUUGUUUGAACUAGCUCUUGAAAUCGUGCUUCCACCAUUCUUGACAUCAGAAAGUGUUACAUCCCCUGAUGAUCUUGAUAAUGAGUCAUCAAGUUUUUCAAUAAUGACUACAUCAGGUUCAUUUCAUCCUGACAAGGAACGAGUGUUCAAUGCCGGUGCUGUUAGAGUUCUUAUUCGUUCAUUACUGCUCUUUACUCCAAAGAUGCAGCUUGAAGUGCUGAGCCUUAUUGAAAGGCUUGCUCGUUCUGGCCCCUUCAAUCAGGAAAACCUCACCUCUGUAGGUUGCAUAGAACUGCUGUUGGAAACCAUUCAACCCUUUCUUUUGAGCUCAUCCCCAAUACUUAAAUAUGCUCUGGAGAUUGUGGAAGUUCUUGGGGCAUACAGGUUAUCUGCAUCAGAACUUCGAAUGCUUAUUCGUUAUGUGUUGCAAAUGAGGCUGAUGAAGUCAGGUCGUAUACUUGUUGACAUGAUGGAAAGGUUAAUUCUCAUGGAGGAUUCAGAAAAUAUUUCUCUGGCACCAUUUGUAGCAAUGGACAUGAGCAAGAUUGGUCACGCUUCAAUUCAGGUCUCUCUGGGAGAAAGAUCAUGGCCUCCAGCUGCUGGUUACUCAUUUGUCUGCUGGUUUCAGUUUCGAAAUCUCUUGAAGUUGCCGGUUAAAGAACCAGAGUCCAAAGCUGGUCCUUCUAAGAGGCGGAGCAGUUCUGCUGGGCAACAUCACGAGCGGCAUGUUCUACGGAUAUUUUCUGUUGGUGCAGCAAAUGAUGAAAAUACAUUCUACGCAGAACUUUAUCUUCAGGAGGAUGGUGUUCUAACCCUUGCAACCAGCAACUCUUGUUCCUUAUCAUUUUCAGGAUUAGAACUUGAGGAAGGCAGGUGGCAUCACCUUGCAGUUGUACAUAGCAAACCAAAUGCUCUUGCUGGACUGUUCCAAGCCAGUGUUGCUUAUGUGUAUCUUGAUGGAAAGCUGAGACACACUGGGAAACUAGGAUAUUCUCCAUCUCCAGUUGGAAAACCUUUGCAGGUAACGGUGGGGACCCCGGUUACUUGUGCAAGAGUUAGUGACUUGACCUGGAAGGUCCGUUCCUGCUACCUUUUUGAGGAGGUGCUCACCUCAGGUUGUAUUUGUUUCAUGUACAUUCUUGGUCGAGGAUAUCGAGGGCUCUUCCAAGACACAGAUCUUCUUCGCUUUGUCCCUAACACAGCAUGCGGCGGCGGUAGCAUGGCUAUCUUAGAUACAUUAGAUGCAGACUUGACCUUGGCUUCUCAUACACAGAAACUUGACAUAGCUAGUAAGCAAGGAGAUUCCAAGGCAGAUGGCAGUGGAAUUGUUUGGGAUUUGGAGAGACUAGGUAAUCUCUCUUUACAGCUCUCUGGAAAGAAGCUUAUAUUUGCAUUUGAUGGAACCUGUGCAGAAGCUAUUCGAGCAUCAGGGGAUUUAUCCAUGCUCAAUUUAGUUGAUCCAAUGUCAGCCGCUGCUUCUCCUAUUGGGGGUAUACCCCGUUUUGGGCGUCUUCAUGGGGAUAUUUACCUAUGUAGGCAAUGUGUAAUUGGUGAUACUAUUUGCCCAGUUGGUGGGAUGACAGUUAUCCUGGCCUUAGUUGAGGCUGCUGAGACUAGGGACAUGCUGCACAUGGCCCUUACUUUACUGGCCUGUGCUCUUCAUCAGAAUCCUCAGAAUGUGAGAGACAUGCAGAAAUGCCGGGGAUACCAUUUAUUGGCUCUGUUUUUGCGUCGGCGAAUGUCACUAUUUGACAUGCAAUCUCUUGAGAUAUUUUUCCAGAUUGCUGCCUGUGAAGCAUCUUUUUCGGAACCAAGGAAGUUGAAAUAUAAUCGUACUAAUUUGUCGCCAGCUACAACUAUGCAGGAAACCAGUUUUGAGGAACUUCAUUUGUCCAGGUUCCGGGAAGAAUUUUCUUCAGCUGGAUCUCAAGGAGACAUGGAUGAUUUUUCUGCACAAAAAGAUUCAUUCAGUCAUAUUUCAGAGCUUGAAAGUGCUGAUAUGCCCGCUGAAACCUCAAAUUGCAUCGUCUUGUCAAAUGAAGACAUGGUUGAACAUGUCCUGUUGGAUUGGACAUUGUGGGUGACGGCUCCGGUUUCAAUUCAAAUUACACUCCUUGGUUUUCUAGAGCAUCUAGUGUCCAUGCACUGGUACAGAAACCAUAACCUGACUGUUCUGCGCCGAAUAAACCUUGUUCAACAUUUACUAGUUACUCUACAGCGGGGUGAUGUUGAAGUUCCUGUUUUGGAGAAAUUAGUUGUAUUGCUUGGUGUCAUUUUAGAAGAUGGGUUUCUGUCAUCUGAACUAGAACAUGUGGUUAGGUUUGUGAUUAUGACAUUUGAUCCACCUGAACUGACACCCCGACAUCCAAUAACGCGCGAGGCCAUGGGAAAGCAUGUAAUUGUGAGAAACAUGCUGCUUGAGAUGCUUAUUGAUCUGCAAGUAACUAUUAAAUCAGAAGAUUUGCUUGAGCAGUGGCAUAAGAUUGUUUCGUCUAAAUUGAUUACAUAUUUUCUAGACGAAUCUGUUCACCCAACAAGUAUGAGAUGGAUCAUGACUCUUCUUGGUGUUUGUCUUACUUCAUCCCCGACAUUUGCAUUAAAAUUUCGCACCAGUGGAGGUUACCAAGGCUUGGCCCGGGUGCUUCCAAGUUUCUAUGAUUCCCCAGACAUAUAUUAUAUUUUGUUCUGUCUGAUAUUUGGCAGGUCUGUCUAUCCUAGAUUGCCGGAAGUUCGCAUGCUAGACUUUCAUGCCCUUAUGCCAAAUGAUGGAAGUUAUGUGGAACUGAAAUUCGUAGAAUUGUUGGAAUCUGUUAUUACUAUGGCAAAAUCUACGUUUGACAGGUUGAGCAUUCAGUCAAUGCUUGCUCACCAAUCUGGUAAUCUUUCCCAGGUUGGUGCUGGCCUUGUGGCAGAACUUGUGAAUGGAAAUGCAGACAUGGCUGGCGAGCUUCAAGGUGAAGCAUUGAUGCAUAAAACAUAUGCCGCCCGCUUAAUGGGUGGGGAGGCAUCAGCCCCUUUUGCUGCUACUUCAGUCUUGAGAUUUAUGGUUGAUUUGGCAAAAAUGUGCCCCCCUUUCACUUCUGUUUGCAAACGAGCAGAAUUUCUUGAAACCUGCAUUGACCUAUAUUUUUCUUGUGUCAGAGCUGCCCAUGCGGUAAAGAUGACAAAGGAACUCUCUGUAAAGACAGAAGAGAAGAACUUGAAUGAUUGUGAUGAUACCUGUAGUUCACAGAACACAUUUUCUAGCCUGCCACAUGAACAGGAUCAGUCUGCCAAAACCUCCAUUAGUGUUGGAAGCUUCCCUCCUGGUCAGGUAAGUACAAGUUCUGAAGACACUGCUGUUCCCCUAAAUUCUGGGGCUGAUGAUAGAGCAGAUACCAAGGUUACUACAGCCCAGGAGGGAUUACACAAGUCAGUGCAAGACGAUGCACAAGCUGUUCAGAGCUUAGAUGGUGACAAUGCUGACCAGGUGUCUGCCACCUCCAGCACGAAUGAAUUUAGCUUCCGUAACAUGAAAAUCACCCUGGAGCCCAUUAAACCAACAGAGUCUCAGAGUUCUGCAUCUUUUACCAUGCUUGAUUCUCCCAAUUUAUCGGAGAAGUCUAAUUAUAGACUCCCACUCACACCCUCGCCUUCUCCUGUUCUAGCAUUGACAUCUUGGCUGGGGAGUGCAAGCCCUAAUGACUUCAAAUCUCCCAUAGUUGCCUCUCCUUCCAUUGAUUCUUCUGCGACUACGACUGAAUUUGAUCCAUCUUCAGAAAUGAAGUCUCCUUCUCAAGGGCCUUCUACUGCAACUACCUUUUUCGCAGCUAGUCCAAAACUGCUUCUUGAAAUGGAUGAUGCUGGCUAUGGAGGUGGUCCUUGUUCUGCUGGAGCUACUGCUGUUUUAGAUUUUAUUGCAGAAGUUCUUUCCGAGUUUGUGACCGAGCAAAUGAAAGUAUCACAGAUUAUAGAGGGCAUAUUGGAAAGUGUUCCACUCUAUGUUGAUGCAGAUUCCAUGUUAGUAUUUCAGGGCUUGUGCCUUAGCAGACUGAUGAACUUUCUAGAGAGACGUCUCUUGCGUGAUGAUGAAGAAAAUGAGAAAAAGCUGGAUAAAAGUCGUUGGUCCUCAAAUUUGGAUUCAUUAUGCUGGAUGAUAGUAGAUCGUGCCUAUAUGGGCGCUUUUCCUCAACCCUCUGGUGUAUUAAAGACGCUGGAGUUCUUAUUAUCUAUGCUACAAUUAGCAAAUAAAGAUGGGCGGAUUGAAGAAGCUACUCCCAGUGGAAAGAGUCUCUUAUCUAUUGGAAGAGGGAGCAGGCAACUUGAUGCUUAUGUACAUUCAAUUCUUAAAAAUACAAAUCGUAUGAUACUGUAUUGUUUUCUGCCAUCAUUUUUGUCUAUAAUAGGAGAAGAUGAUCUCCUUUCGUGCUUAGGUUUGCUCAUCGAACCAAAGAAGAGACUGUCCUCUAACUCCUCAUAUGAUAAUUCAGGAAUUGAUAUCUACACAGUGUUACAGUUAUUAGUUGCUCACAGGCGAAUUCUAUUCUGUCCCAUCAAUAUGGAUACUGACAUAAACUGUUGUCUUUGUGUGAAUUUAAUAUCUCUGCUCCGAGACCAAAGGCAGAAUGUACAGAACAUGGCAGUUGAUAUUGUCAAGUAUCUCCUGGUGCAUCGCCGGGUAGCUCUAGAAGAUUUACUGGUCUCUAAACCAAACCAAGGGCACCAACUGGAUGUGCUACAUGGGGGAUUUGACAAGUUAUUGACUGAAAAUUUAUCUGCUUUCUUUGAGUGGCUUCAGAGUUCUGAACUGAUGGUGAAUAAAGUACUUGAGCAGUGUGCUGCCAUUAUGUGGGUACAGUAUAUUACUGGAUCAUCAAAAUUUCCCGGAGUGAGAAUUAAAGCUAUGGAAGGUCGUCGCAAGAGAGAAAUGGGGAGAAAAUCAAAGGAUACAUCAAAGUCAGAUCUAAAGCACUGGGAGCAGGUGAAUGAACGGAGAUAUGCACUGGAAUUGGUGCGCGAUGCAAUGUCCACCGAGCUGAGAGUUGUGCGUCAAGACAAGUAUGGUUGGGUUCUGCAUGCUGAGAGUGAGUGGCAAACCCAUCUCCAACAACUUGUUCAUGAGCGAGGAAUAUUCCCAAUGCGAAAAUCCUCUGUUACUGAAGAUCCUGAGUGGCAACUUUGCCCAAUUGAAGGUCCAUACAGGAUGCGCAAAAAAUUUGAGCGCUGCAAAUUGAAAAUUGAUACUAUCCAAAACGUUCUUGAUGGACAAUUUGAAGUAGGGGCAGCAGAGCUGUCGAAAGAAAAAAAUGAGAACGAUUUGGAUGCUUCGGAUAAUGAUUCCGAAUCAUUCUUUCAACUUUUGACUGAUAGUGCCAAACAGAAUGGCCUUGAUGGUGAGCUGUAUGAUGGAUCAUUUUUUAAAGAACCGGAUAAUGUCAAAGGUGUUGCUUCUGUUACGAAUGAAUGGAAUGAUGAUAGAGCUAGUAGUAUCAAUGAAGCAAGUCUGCACUCUGCACUUGAGUUUGGUGUCAAGUCUAGUGCAGCAUCCGUGCCCCUUGAUGAUAGUGUACAAGAAAGAUCUGACCUAGGGUCCCCAAGGCAAUCUUCUUCUGCAAGAAUUGAUGAUGUCAAAGUUACAGAUGAUAAAUCAGACAAGGAACUUCAUGAUAAUGGGGAAUACCUGAUCAGACCUUAUCUGGAACCUUUUGAAAAGAUACGAUUUCGAUAUAACUGUGAACGAGUUGUGGGUCUUGACAAGCAUGAUGGUAUAUUUUUAAUAGGCGAGCUUUCUCUGUAUGUUAUUGAAAAUUUUUAUAUUGACGACUCCGGGUGCAUUUGUGAAAAGGAAUGCGAAGAUGAACUCUCUAUUAUUGAUCAGGCUCUGGGUGUAAAGAAAGAUGCUACAGGCUGUAUGGAUUUCCAAUCCAAGUCAACUUCGUCUUGGGGAGCAACUGUAAAGUCAGGGGUUGGGGGAAGAGCGUGGGCCUAUAACGGUGGUGCAUGGGGAAAGGAGAAAGUGUGUACUAGUGGUAAUCUACCUCAUCCUUGGAACAUGUGGAAACUCAACAGUGUUCAUGAGAUUCUGAAGCGUGAUUACCAGCUGCGUCCUGUUGCUGUUGAAAUUUUUAGCAUGGAUGGAUGUAAUGAUCUCCUGGUGUUCCACAAAAAAGAAAGGGAAGAAGUUUUCAAAAAUCUAGUAGCCAUGAAUCUUCCCAGGAAUAGCAUGUUGGACACAACCAUUUCUGGAUCAGCAAAACAAGAAAGCAAUGAGGGUAGCCGUCUAUUUAAGACAAUGGCUAAAUCCUUUUCAAAAAGGUGGCAAAAUGGAGAAAUAAGCAAUUUCCAAUACCUUAUGCAUCUCAACACACUGGCAGGACGUGGAUACAGUGAUCUUACCCAAUACCCGGUGUUUCCAUGGGUUCUUGCAGAUUAUGAGAAUGAAAAUCUGGACUUGUCAGAUCCAAAAACAUUUCGUAGACUUGAGAAACCGAUGGGUUGUCAGACAUUAGAGGGUGAAGAAGAAUUCAGAAAAAGAUACGAGAGCUGGGAUGAUCCAGAGGUUCCCAAAUUUCAUUAUGGUUCUCAUUAUUCCAGUGCUGGGAUUGUCCUCUUUUAUCUUCUACGCCUACCUCCUUUCAGUGUAGAGAAUCAAAAGCUACAGGGAGGACAAUUUGACCAUGCUGAUCGUCUUUUUAAUAGUGUUAGAGAUACUUGGUUCAGUGCGGCUGGAAAGGGCAACACAUCAGAUGUGAAGGAGUUGAUUCCAGAAUUUUUCUACAUGCCUGAGUUUUUGGAAAAUCGUUUCAAUCUUGAUUUGGGAGAGAAACAAUCAGGAGAAAAGGUUGGUGAUGUUGGCUUACCUCCAUGGGCUAAAGGCAGCACUAGAGAGUUCAUCAGGAAGCAUAGGGAGGCACUGGAAUCUGAUUAUGUUUCAGAACAUUUGCAUCAUUGGAUAGACCUCAUUUUUGGAUAUAAACAGAGAGGGAAGGCGGCUGAGGAAGCCGUGAAUGUUUUUUAUCACUACACAUACGAGGGGAGUGUGGACAUAGACUCAGUGACAGAUCCUGCAAUGAAAGCUUCAAUUCUAGCACAAAUUAAUCAUUUUGGGCAGACACCCAAACAGUUAUUCCCCAAACCCCAUGUGAAAAGGCAGGUCGACAGAAGGCUUCCUCAUCCGCUCAAGUACUCGUAUCUUCUUGUUCCGCAUGAGAUACGUAAGACUCCAUCUUCCAUAACUCAGAUUGUUACUGUCAAUGAGAAAAUCCUAGUCGUAGGAACAAAUUGUUUGCUUAAACCAAGAACAUAUACCAAAUACGUAGCAUGGGGUUUUCCAGAUCGUAGCUUAAGAUUUAUGAGCUAUGAUCAAGACCGACUCCUCUCCACACACGAGAAUCUUCAUGGGGGCAACCAGAUUCUGUGUACUGGUGUUAGCCAUGAUGGUCAGAUUCUGGUCACGGGGGGUGAUGAUGGCUUAGUUUCUGUUUGGAGAAUCAGUAAUUAUGGUCCCCGUGUCUUGAGACGCUUGCAGUUGGAGAAGGCACUUUGUGCCCACACAUCAAAAAUUACAUGUCUUCAUGUUAGCCAGCCUUACAUGCUGAUUGUGAGUGGAUCGGAUGACUGCACCGUUGUUAUAUGGGAUCUCAGCUCGUUGGUUUUUGUUAGGCAGCUCCCUGAGUUCCCAGCACCGAUUUCUGCAGUUUAUGUGAAUGACUUGACAGGGGAUAUUGUGACAGCAGCUGGAAUUCUACUUGCAGUUUGGAGCGUUAAUGGAGACUGCCUUGCAAUGGUUAACACAUCUCAACUGCCUUCUGAUUCAAUUCUGUCUGUGACAAGUAGUUCAUUCUCUGAUUGGCUGGAUACAAACUGGUUUGUAACGGGUCAUCAGAGUGGGGCGGUUAAGGUGUGGCAAAUGGUUCACCACUCCAACCAUGAGAGUUCCCAACAGAAGUCAACAAGCAACGGAAUAGGGGGUUUAAACCUCAGUGACAAAGCACCAGAGUACAGGUUGGUCCUCCACAAGGUGCUCAAGUCUCAUAAGCAUCCUGUUACUUCCCUUCACCUUACAAAUGACCUCAAGCAGUUACUAAGUGGGGAUUCUGGAGGGCAUUUGCUGUCAUGGACAGUGCCAGAUGAGAGCUUGAGAGCUUCAAUGAAUCAGGGGUGAUGAUGCAAAAUUUUGACUUAAAUGUGAUAACUUCAGCCGUUGGGGCUGCUAUCGAAUCUAGAUGAGACCCGAAAAAGGAUUUUACAAGUCCACCCUCAUCAAGAAAAGGAUGGAGGUGGUGCACAUGAUACAUGGAGAAAUGCGACAGCAGGGCUGGCCUGGACUGGACUGGAACAGGACAAAACUAUACAGGAUUGAUAGGAUUGACAGGAAAGAUGAAAUUUCUCAUAAGCUAAUGUUAGGUGUUCAAAACCACCCAUGCAUGCGGCCUAUCAGGAUCUUUGCUACAGCAGGUUGAGCAUCUGGUCAAGAAAGGCAAAGACUUGGGGCCAUCGUUUAGGAUGAAUAGGAGGAUGCUCUCCAUUUCUGCACAAGGAGCAUCCAAGUCUACUACAGGUGUUUGUUUCUUUUUUAUGUAAAUAGAUGGACUAACAGUGUGUGAUGAAGUUGUAUAGCGGAAAAGUGUGUCAAGAAUAUGGGACGUUUGGGCGAGAGUCCCAGUGUGAAUGUGGCACGGUUAAUUGGUUUAGUGUGCCUUGUGGCUUGGCUACCAUUCUUUUUGAAAUAGUGCAUUAUGGGCGCUUAUUGCCCAUUUCUUUUUGUGAAAUGUAUCAUCUCUCUCGGAUUUUGAGCCUCAACAUUUAAAGAUUGUACAUUCACCCGCAUUUGAUUACA